AUGCAUCCAAAGAACAUGACCUUCUCUGUGCACCUAGGACUUACGCUUUCUUUGGCCUUUACUGAAAAGAAACUUUCUCCAAGCGAAUCCGUCACUAUCACGUGA